AUGUUUGGAGUCACCUACUUUUCUUUACCCGUCCGACGUCAAAAAUACCUUGAUGAGCUCUUGAUCGAGACUGAAAAGAUGUGGCGUAUGGCGGUCGAGGACGGGCUGCUCAUUGACUCACUAUUUGCGAGGAAGACGGAACGAAAUCUGGCUAAUCUUCACACUCAAGCGGACGAUCUUCGAACCGAAACAUACCAUGCCACCACUCUUUACCACCAGGUAAAAGGUGCACUAACUGGUCUGUCAUUCAAGAUCAUCUGCCUGUGUGGACGGGUGGUAGACCUUCGCGCCACAAUCUCAACGACUACUACCGAGGAGCGCAAGAGGCUUCGGAAUGAAGGCCGCUAUUAUCCCUUGGGAUCGCGGAGAAUCGCACGCCCUGCAGGUGAGACUGCGAACCCUGGGAAUCCCUUCGACGAGGCUGAGCGUUCCUCCACUGAUAACGCUUGUGACAAUGACGGGUCUGAUAAUACGUAUUGUUCUCCCCGUUCAGAACCUUCAGCUGUGGCACCGACGGAAGACGAGUCCUCAGGCUUAGCAAGCUUGGAUACCGAAGAUUUCGAGUCGAGACACACUCCCUCCGCCACUGUAGAUGUGGAGGAAGUGCCCAUUCAAGUGGUAGAGAAGGAUUUGGGUGUCAUACGUCCAUCACUCUGCACUAAGUCCGAUCAAGGAAAUGACGGAGCUCUGCAGCAGCACCCGCCCCCCACAGAUUCCGCUCUCUACAAGAUCCUUGAUCGUGUCUAUCAUGACCUGAGCGCCGAGGGCCAGAGCCACCCACUGCUCUCAGCAGCCGCACAAUAUACCCGCGCUCCUCACACUGUCGACCUUGACUCUCUCCUUCAAGAGUACGAAGGUGAUGCGUCGACGACACCAACCGACGGUAGAAAGACUUGA